UUUCUUGAUGAGACCGUCGUCUCUAUCCUUAUAGCCGCCCCUUUUCGUCUUCGCCCUCUCCCCUUCGAUGCCCUUUUAUCACAAGUAACCCGUACCACGCAAUCAAGAUGCCUCCCAAGCGCAAGCGAAACGAGAGGCCAUCUGACGCUGCCGGAAACCGACCCGCUCCUCACCGUCCCUCGGACACGCCCCUCAGUCAGCACGACAGAGACUUCCAAGAUAAUGCCGUAUCCCAGAACCGACGCGCAUCGGGUAGCAGGAAUACGAGGCGAAAUCCUGAUCGUCGCGAUUCGUCUACCAGUCAGCUAGGUACCGCCGGCUAUCGCGGCCCUGUUUCCCCGUCGACUGCCCGACCAUCGAGUUCCUCUUCGCAGGCCGCCUCUUUUGCCGUUCCCGCCACGCCGUCCGUCCCUCAACCCGUUCCUCCACGAUCUCCCAUCCCUUCGAACUAUAGCUACGUCGUGUUAACGGAACCGCGCUUGUCUGCCUGGCAGCAAAGGGGUCGCCAGGAGGUAGUCGACCAUGGCGUCAAAUCUCGAAAUGACGAAGAUGUAGAGGAGAUCUCGACCAUCUCCCAGGAAUUUACACGCGCUGUUCUCGAAGGCCGGCUCACUCCGGUGGACGCCGGAAACUGCAUGAAACAGAUUCUCGGCCCUCCCAUCGAGGGCUCUGAUGGCCCAGGAUUCAAAUUUGAUGCGCAGACGUUGUUUCUGGAUACCCUCUCCAUCUCCAUCGACUCUGAAGACGGUGCCUCCCGACCGCAGCUGCGAGAUUUCAUCGCCGCCAUAGAUAUUUCGCCUCGACUUCUUCGCGAAGUUUUAGACGCGCCGGCCCUACAACAACUGGGCUUGAUCCGUGACACUUUUGUCAAGUUGGGCAUUCGUUACGCCACGAACCAACUUUACCGGCAGGCUAACUACAACCUACUUCGGGAAGAAUCCGAGGGCUACUCGAAGCUGGCUGCAGAACUCUAUCGUACGCCGUAUUACGCUCGGGACCAUCACGACUUCGCCCUUGUGCAGGCAUGCUGGGAGCGCGUCAAAGGAUUGAUAGGGACGUUCGACCUUGACGUGGGGAGGGUCUUGGAUGUUGUUAUCGACGUCUUCUCCGCGACGAUGCUGAGAAAUAUCGUGUUCUUCUCUAGAUUUUUACGAAUCAGCUCUUGGUGGCCUCGCAACCAGAUCGAGCACUCCGAGAGGGUCUUCGCAGGUGGCCUCCCAAAGUGGGCCUUACCCAAGAACGAAGACCUCAGUGCUGAAGACCUUAGAGUUGAGCUCGCUGAACAGUGCCGUCAGCGCGACCUGACAUUCUGGGACAGAGCCCGCGAGGCCCACCUAGACGCGUUUUUCGAGCUUGGCGGACGACGAGUUGAUACUACUAAUCUCUAUAACUCUGCUGGAGACGGCUCUGCUCCCAACGUUAAUAGCGAUCCUAUUCUCGACUGGGUGAAGACUACGAAGACCCUUCCACCUUGCGGCAAUAAGGUAGCUGCACAGUUGCUGGGCUUCAAAUUUCGAUUCUACGCAUCGGAUGCUCGAGACAAGGGCGAGACACUCCCGGCAAACCUGUACUAUCUGGCAGCCUUUUUCAUCAAGAUCGGGUUCAUUUCUCUUACUGAUCUGUACCCUCACCUCUGGCCUGACGACGAUCAGAUGGAGUCCUUAAGGGAACGGCGAAUGCAAGAGCUCGACGAAAAGGAGAGAGCGAGGAGGCAGGACAAUGAGCCAAAUGCGCUACUCACCGCUGGGGCUCUUACCGACGAUACUAUACCGAUGGCAUCCUUAAAGCCACGAGAGCCUACAGUUGCGAAUGCCGACGGAAACCAGCACGAAACGGCCAGCGCAAAGGAGGACGCGGAGACUAGUCUCCCAGAGCCAAAAGAGGCUCACAAGGCGGAUCUAGUGUCCCAUUUACUAGUCGUGGGCGCAAUUCCCGAGGCCCUAUUCAUAUUAGGGCGCUUUCCGUGGAUUCCCGAGGCGUACCCCGACGAGAUCUACCCGGCCAUCAAUCGCAUACUACUACAUUGUAUCAGCAAAGUUUUCGACAAUGCCCGGCCUACUGAAAUUCGACCUCUAACUAGUUCCCCAGUCAAACCAGAGUUGGCCCAAGAUCAAUCCGGGAUGACAAAGGGCAACUUGAAGCUCACGGAAGGCUCUCCCAUCAAGAUCUUGAAGUGGCCACAUGCUGAUGGGAUCAACAAGGGCACCCUGUACCGGUUUUAUCUGGACGAAUGGGCUGACAACGUUCCCAUAUGCCAAACUGUCGAUGACGUUUUCACCCUGUGCAACACUUUUCUCAAUAUUUCCGGCGUCAAUAUAGGCAGGGAUCCCCCCCUUGUGAAGAAAUUGGCUACUAUUGGCGCCAAAAGCUUCUUACAAGACCGGUCGCCAGAGAAUGUCGCGCGCUGGCAGGACCUUCUUCGACGAAUUCUCGUGCCGUGCCUGAGUCUUAGCGAUUCCAACGUCGAUGCCGUGGUCGCUGUUUGGGAUCUACUCAAGUACUAUCCGACGCAGGUCCGUUACAACAUCUAUUCGGAAUGCUACGAAGGACAGAUAUCUCGGCUUCCCCCUAUAGCGAAGGCCUUCAAGACUGCUAGGCUGGACACGCUAUCGACACUAAAGCGACUGUCAUUGCAGAACAUAUCCAGCUCGGCAAAGAAGCUCGCUAAGGUCGCACUCUCUUCCCCUGGCGUCGUAUGCAAGGUUGCUCUCGACCAGAUCGAGUCAUACACGAAUCUCAUCGAAGCCUUCGUUGAGUGUACCAAGUACUUUACGGAAAUGGGGCACGAUAUUCUAGUCUGGUCUCUCCUGAGCUCUUUGGGUGGUAAACAGAGGAGUAGGACGCAAGAAACAUCGGUGCUUCUAACUAGCCGAUGGCUCCAGGCCCUCUCUAAAUUCUCUGGAAGGGUCUUUCGACGAUAUAGCAAUAUGGAUCCUACCCCGAUCAUCUCCUACGUAAACGACCAAGUCUCUCGUGGGAACUCGACCGAUCUAAUCAUUCUACGGGAGCUUAUUACCUCUAUGGGUGGGAUUGUGUCGGAUAUCGACUUCACAGACUACCAACUAUCUGCUCUCAGCGGUGGUGAGCUUCUACGGCGCCAGACGCUGGUCGGGUUGGGUGACAAGCGCUACGAGUCUUCGAAAAGUGCCUCACGCCUUAUGAAGGCUUUAGUGCAAACAGACCUCGCUUCUCGACUUCUGACGAAUAUGGCUCAAUAUCGGCAAUCCGCAAUCUACCGGUUGCCGGAGGACGAAACUCAUAUCAAAUACCUCGCUACCGUUAUUGAUGACUCUCAGCAAGCACUCGUUCAGUAUGUGGAACUGCUACGGAAUAACCUGACGCCCGAGAAAUUCGACGAAUUUGUCCCUAGCAUACCGCAGUUGAUGACGGAGUUCGGUCUGGAUGCUAAUCUCGCCUUCAUGAUUGGCCGUGCCAGUCUGCAAUAUUUCAUGAUGGGUCCAGGAGAGAAGCAUGCAAUUGCCACCUCAGAAUCAACAACAGACGCGGACGGCGACUCGAUUAUCGAUGCGAAAGCCGGUGGUGAUGUGGCAGCGUCCGUAGCGGUCCAGGAGUCUGACGAUAGUAUGGUGGUGGACAUCAUAGAUCCAGAAGAAGGAGAUCCGCGGCAGCCAUCGUCGUCAACAGUGAAUGGCCAAAAGUCCGACCGCUUUUCGGAUGUGCUCAGUCCAGUUAUUCAUUCCGUGCGAGCCUUGCUGCCCCCGGAAGUAUGGCAUAAGAUGAGCCCCGAGUUCUUCGUUCUUUUCUGGUCCCUUCAGACGGGUGACCUCGUGGUUCCGCUCAACAGCUACGACACCGAGACCUCGCGAGUGGAGAAGCAGUAUGCUGAACUGAAAAGAGAGCGCGGCGACAUGAGCAACAAGAAGAAAGCACUCGACGCCCUCGUACAGCUUAAUAAAGAUCUAGCCUCCGAAGCCAGCGCCUGCAGCGAGCGGGUCAGCAAGACCAAGAUAUUACUGAUGAAGCAAAGCCCGAGAUGGUUCUGCGCAUCUGCGAGGACGGACCUGAUCGUCGAUGCGUUUAUCGAAGAGUGCCUUAUUCCUCGGUUACUGCUCUCCCCCGGCGAUGCCGACUUCUGCCAUCGAAUGGUCAAGUUCAUGCAUUCGAGCCGAGUACCAAACUUUAGACUUGCUACAUUGUAUGACCGAUUCUUCGGCGUCAACAGGCUGCGUGUGAUGAUUUUCAGUUGCAGCAUCCGGGAAGCUGAAUUUCUCGGUCGCUUCAUUAAACUUACUCUAGGAGAUCUGGCAAAGUGGCACAAAGACAAGGAUGCGUAUGCCAAAGAGGCCAUCCAGCACGGGAAGCUCGGAUUCGCGACAACCUUCGAUGACAACGGCAAGCCACUGACCUUUAUGGAACACGACCAGUUCCGCGAUCUACUAUGGACAUGGCAUCGUAAUUUAUCUACAGCCUUACGAGCUUGUCUCGCAGGAAUGGAGUGGAUGCACAUAAGGAACGCCAUCACGAUCUUGAAAGCCGGCCUCGAGCAUUUCCCUGCUGUCGACUUCAUGGGCCGGCAAUUCUUGCAAAUACUCGGGAAGAUCGCAGAGCGCGAGGCUGCUACAAAGAAUGAAAGUGAGGACGGACAGAGUCAUAGGGUUGACCUUUCGGUCACCGCCAACACCGCCACCUCUGCCCUUAGGAAGUAUUCAGCCAGAUGGGUAAUGGUUCAAGCCUUCCGGCCUAAUACCAGCGGCGACUCGGCGGAGGAGAAGAAACCGGCGGAACUUGGCAAGGCUGCAACACCAGGUCUCCGACCAAACGCACCGGAAUUCAAGCCUACAUCGACAGGAUAACCGUAACCCCUCCACAACCUAUUCCUUCAAACAGGGAUACUACUCUGAAGUCAGCGCCCACGCCUCAGAAGCAAGACCCUAAGCCAGUCCCCAACCGGUCCUCAACGCCCAAGUCAGUACCGUCCGCCCCGACCCCGGUGUCUACCGCCACUCGGACCGAGACACCCCGCCCAUCCACCUUAGCUCCUGCGCCCGGAUUGCCAAGCCGACCAGAAGUUCCAUUUCCUGCGCACUUCACACACGACAAAUUUGGGCAAAUAACAACAUCCACACACCCUCGCGACCACAGGGAGCUCAGAGAAACCCGGGACCCGAGGGAGCCGCGCGAAGUAC